UUGGCAUCCCUAAUUAGUGUCAACAUUAUCAUUUCUAUUAAUAAUAAUAUUUUAUUUAAUGUCUGCAUCAUGUUAAUUAAUAAGCAUGCAAUGAACAAUAUCAAUGGUGAAUAGAGGAAAAGAAGAAGUGUGAUUUGGCAAAAAUGACGUGGAAUAAUAUAAGAAAGGAGAAAGUGAUAUCUCAGCAGUUACCAGCCUCCUAAUUAUCUUUUAUGUUUUCCUAUUCAUAAUACAGAAAGCAUAAAUGCGCCGCAAUUAAGGACUAUUCAAUGGUAUGGUAUGUAGUGAAUACUUCAAGCGUGCGUAGCCGUGUGCGUGUGUGUGUACAUCUAAUUGUGUAUGAUGUAGUUGUCGCUUAAUGUUCUACUUAAGUUUAUAUAAAUAGAAUAUUUGAUUGAAGCACUGUUUUGAUAUUAUAUACCCGUCUACCAAUACAUACACUGCAUACGUGGAAACUUGGUAUAUAAUGUAAUACAGAAAGUCAAAGCCGUUAAAUUUCUAGCAUAUCAAACACCCUGUUGACGUGAAAAAGCAAAAAAUAUAAUUUAAAAAUUUGAAAGUUUACAAAAAAUUAAACAAUAGAUGAUAAUAGUUUUCAAAUCGGUUUAUUUUUGUAUUUCUUUUUCAAAUAAAGAUUUUUGCCGAAACCAAAUAGUUUAGCAAAUAUAAGACAAUGGUUGAAAAGAAACCAAUCGUUACCGAUACUAAAACACCGUUAACGGAAAAUGUUGAGAAACGCUUCAUCGACACUAUACCAUGUACAUAUAUUCUGUCUGUGUUAGCAGCAACAAACGCUGAAUUAAUUACCUAUCCACUGGAUCUAACGAAAACUCGCCUACAAAUUCAGGGUGAACUUGCCAAAGCUCAAGAAGUUAAGGCGAAGUAUCGUGGUAUGUUAGCCACGGCAUUUGGUAUUGUUAAAGAAGAAGGACCCCUGAAAUUAUGGUACGGCGUGUCUUCAGUUAUAUAUCGUCAUAUGAUUUACAGCGGUGUAAGAGUUUGCACUUACGAUUAUUUACGCACUACGUUUGGUCAUGAUAAUCUCCCCGUGUGGAAAUCGGCCUUAUUUGGCCUUCUGUCUGGUUGCCUUGCACAGUGGUUAGCCAAUCCCGCUGAUCUUGUUAAAGUACAAAUGCAAAUGGAGGGUAAACGUCGUCUAAUGGGUGAACCGCCGCGCAUCCUUAGUUCCCAUCAAGCUUUUGUAGACAUUUACAAACGCGGCGGGAUAGUGGGCCUUUGGCAAGGUAGUGUACCCAGCGUGCAACGUGCUGCUCUAGUAAAUUUGGGCGAUUUAACUGCUUAUGACUUGGCCAAAAGGUUUCUUAUACAUAAAAUGGAAAUGAAGGAAGGUCCAUUGGCACAUAUGCUAGCGUCCUUCGUCGCCGGAUUUGUGGCUGCAGUUGCCGCUACACCAGCAGAUGUGGUGAAAUCUCGAGUCAUGAACCAGCCGACUGAUGAAAGAGGCAGAGGCAUCAUCUAUAAGGGUUCUCUGGAUUGUUUGAAGCAAACUGUGAGCGCAGAAGGUUAUAUGGGCCUUUAUAAAGGUUUCGUGCCUCACUGGAUACGUUUAGGACCUUGGGCUUUGACUUUUUGGGUUACCUUCGAACAACUUCGAAGCAUUCUUGGUGGUGCAGCAUUUUAAUUCAACAUGAAGUUGAUUUACUGCACUAACUUAUUGCUAUGGCUGUAGAUGUUGAAAGUUUUUUAAGGCGCACCUUAAAUUGUUUAUUACAACAGCAGUAAAAAAAUGUGAUC